UCUUUGACAGAAAGCGUGGAAAGUGGCUCUGGGAAUAUUUCGUCUUUAAGCCUGGUUUUAUGAUUGUCUGCUUAAUCUAAAGGUUAUGUUUCGUCCGAGAAUGUCCGGGCGAAAAUCCAAUCUGAGUGUUUCAUCUGAUGGGAGAGAUUUUCCCCCGAAUGUCAGCUCAGGAAGUCGACACCCAGCUCCAGCUCAAGGAUUGAGUAGCCGAGGGCAAAGGGCAACCCCUUAUGCAAGGAAUCGUCUUGGUUCUUCUCAUGGCAGUGGAGAGUGUAGUAAAAAUUUUCGUUCUUAUGGCAGUUCGGGAGGUUACAAUAAUCGGUAUACUUACCGAACCCGUCAACCGGAUUUACGAGAAGAAUUCGAUCGAAAGCAGGGGGCUGAUAAUAGGAGAGAUUUCAGACAGUACCGUGAUCGGGAACAUCCUAUAGGCCUCAGAGAUUUGCAGCGACUUGCGGAAGGCGAUGAUCCGGCCCCCAUUUUUGCGGUGAUCAACGAGAUGUCAGGAUUUCCGCUUGCCCUGCGAGACAAACGCCUAAAAGACCAUCCUGAAAGAAUCAAGUACAUCUUGAAGGUGCUUCGCAAGGCUAUGGAUUUGCAUGGAUUCGGAGUUACUGUUGCAAAAGCUAUUUCUCUGGCAUUGCACUCCAAUUUGCUCGACUCUUUGAUGCACUUCAAUUUGACAACAUUGCAACAGAUGCACCAUUCGAACCCGGCGGAAGCGCAAGAAUUUCUUCUCAAUGAAAUUGUUUUGUUUGAUGUCAUUGUGAGGCUCUGUCCUGCAGACGAAGCCAUGAGCAUUGAAGCCUGUGUCAACUCUAUCAGAACCGUCGUUCAAGGUUUGGAGAACAUUUUGGAGCCACAUAUCGAUCUCAUUAGUAUGUACAAUCAAGUUUGCGAAAACCUGGAAAACCUGCGGAAAACGGUUGAAGAACAGGACCAUUCCAUCCGAAAAGCAAUUUUCCACAGCCAAAGUCACUUGAGCGAGGCUCCUGAAGAUUUCCGCACGCUACCCAUUCUCCCCACGUUGAAAGAUUUGUUAGGUCUGGAGAAGCCGUUUCUGCGUGCUAAUAUCACGAGGGGGCGAUAUUUGGAUGCUAACCAUUACCUUGACGUUCAAUUUCGCUUGAUGAAGGAAGACUUCGUGAGACCCUUGCGUUCAGGCGUAGCAGAGAUCAUGAAAGGAGCGGAAGACAAUCGUAAUAAUCAUGGUGCGUGGCGGAGGAUUCAAGAAGUCAGGAUCUACGAAAAGGCAGUUGUUAUUGGCAAAGUUUACGAGCCAAUUGGAGUGACAUUUAAACUCAAAUUUUCUUUGCGAAAUCUGGGUAGAGUUCGGUGGGAAAUAAGCAAGCGAUUGUUAUUUGGGUCUUUGGUCUGCUUGACCAACGAUAACUUCAAAAGCGUUGUGUUUGCGUCGGUUGCUGAACGAAAAGUUGAAGAUUUGAAGCGUGGGAUUGUACGAAUUCGACCUGAAAGCAGCCAAUUUGAUAUGAAUGCUUGGACUGGAGGUCCCGAAUUUCUGGUGGUUGAAAGUGCUGCCUUUUUCGAAGCAUAUCGGCACAUUCUGACGUCUCUGCAAAAUAUUCCCUUGGAGAAGUACCCACUGAAGAAGUACAUUGUGGAUGUUGAGAAUACUGUGUCCUUGCCGAAAUACAUUCUGGAUCAUAAGCCUGCGAAAUGCAUUGAGGACGUUAAUGCGACCGCGUCUUCGCCAGAAAACAGCAGCGAUGAGGAUAAUCCCCCGCAAGUCGUUCGUCAGUGCGUUUUCCCUUUGACGCACAAGAACAAGCGGUUUGUUGGGAAUCCAUUCUCUAAUCAAUGGCCGGAACCGGAAGAACUUGGACUUGAUGAGGCUCAGUUCCGUGCAUUGAAAGCAGGUCUUUGUCACGAAUUUGCCCUCAUCCAAGGCCCUCCAGGAACUGGUAAAACAUUCAUUGGUUUGAAGCUGGUUGAGACAAUCCUUGCCCGUCGAAUGAAGCUCAUGAUUCGCAAUGAUGGUCCAAUCUUGGUUGUGUGCUACACGAAUCACGCCUUGGAUCAAUUUUUGGAAGGGAUCACUCGUUUUACGGGAAAAAUCCUCCGAAUUGGUGGACGUUCCAAGAGCACGUUGCUAGAACCAUUUUCGGUUCGAAAAGCGCAGUUGAACUGUAGUGGAUGUGCUUCGAAAGUCAGUCGUAGUGUUCGGUCCGAGAUGCUGUCUCUGGGGCACUCCUUGAGUAAACUUGAGAUUUUGAGGAAAGGUAUAACUUCCGGAGCAGGAAUCCUAUCGAUGGGAUCGUUGCACAGCUUCGGUAUUGCGAUACCCGAAUGUUUCCCUCUGCAUUUCAGCCUGGCCGACUGGCUGGGUUUCACUCGUCAUUCCAUGAAUUCUUCUGGAAAAUUCCUAAAGCAAAUUCUCGAGGAGGAGAAGAAACUUCUUCUUGCUGAACAUAAGACUUCGAAAUUCCCGAACGAAAGCGAUGAAAAUAUUAUUGAUCAUGUCGGGAACGGUGUGAUGGACGCCGUGGACAUGGACAUUGAAGACGAGACUGCGAUUGAGGCGCAACGUCGGCAUAUUGAAUCCAUUUAUGAUGAUGAUUGUCCAGCUGCGGUGACAACUGAUGAAGAGGCAAACGAGUGUAUCCGCUAUCACUUCGAGAUCACCUCCACGAACUGCGGGAGAGCUGUGAAAGACGCGGAGGAUUUGAGGAAUAAUAUUGUACAUCGACUUAAAGACAAGACUAAAUGCUUCGAAAACCGGGAAGACUUGUCCCGUCAGUUGAUUCAAGCGGAACUGCGGUUGGAAGGCUUGAAACUUAUGAGUGCUAAAGUGCAAGCGGAUUCCGCAUUUUUGAAAGUCCCGGCAAACUUGGAUUUGGUGAAGCCACCUGAAGAGUUGGUCGGCCCUGAAGAAAAAUGGGUCAAUGUUCACUUGCUGAAAGCUCGUUGGUUGAUUUAUCGGUAUUGGGCAAACCUUUUGAUCCGAGCCUUGAAUGAAAAAAUAGACACAGAAACAGAAAAAUACAAGGAGCUGGUAGGACGUUACAAGGAAGCUCAAGAUGGGGCAUUAUUGCAACACAUGCAGUCCUUGGACGUCGUUGGAAUGACUACAACAGGCGCUGCUCGGAACAUUUCUCUUGUACAGAACAUGAAAGCGAAAAUUCUCGUAGUCGAAGAAGCAGCAGAAGUUCUGGAGUCACACAUCGUAUGCUGCUUAUCUCCCCAUUGCCAGCAUAUCAUUCUUAUCGGAGAUCACCAACAACUGAAGCCGUCGACAACCGUAUUCCAGCUCGCAAAAAAAUUUGGAUUGGAUGUUUCUCUGUUUGAAAGAAUGUUGAAAAACCGUGUUCCAUUCGAACGCCUGCGACUCCAGCACCGAAUGAGACCAGAAAUUUCGAAUUUGAUCAAAUUCAAUAUCUACGAAGAUCUACAAGACCACGAAAGCGUCUCGAGCUACGAUGAUAUACUUGGCGUUGACAAAAACGUGUUUUUUGUCUCUCACAACAUCCCGGAAGAAUCGAAUGAGGACCUGAAGAGCAAAAGCAACGAAGUGGAGGCAAAGUUUUUGUUGGCGUUGUGCAGGUAUCUUUUGUUGCAAGGUUACAAGCAUGAGCAAAUCACUAUCCUAACGGGGUAUUCUGGACAGCUUUUUGUCUUCAAGAAGUUGUUGGCCAACUUUCCAAGUCACAAAACCGUUCGAAUCACCCUGGUUGACAACUAUCAAGGGGAAGAAAAUGAUAUAAUUCUAUUGUCGCUCGUGAGGAGCAACUUGGAAGGAAAUAUUGGCUUUCUGCGGACUGAUAACCGAGUAAACGUUGCUUUAUCGCGUGCCAAGAAAGGACUAUUCAUAGUUGGAAACAUGGAUGCAUUGAGUUCUGCCAGCGAAUUGUGGAGGAAGAUGAAGUGUGUGUUGGAGAAGGAGAAUCAGAUCGGAAGUGCAUUACCUCUGCGUUGUCAAAUUCACCCGGAUCAGGUCAUCUCAGUUUUCAAUCCUGAUGAUUUUCCUCUGGGUGGGGGAUGUUCCAAAGCUAAAUGCUCGACGAAGUGCUUCACUCGACUCGAUUGUGGACAUGCUUGUGAACGAAAUUGCCAUGCAACAGAUGAUCCGGAACAUAUGAUGUACAAGUGUUCGAAGCCAUGUGGAAAAUCGUGCCCGAAAGAACAUCCAUGCACGGACAAGUGUUACAAGAAUCCAUGUCCCCCUUGCCGAGAGCUGGUUGACAUGACUUUAACUUGCGGUCAUUCCUUGGAAGUCCCCUGCUAUGUGAAGCCAGAAGACGUCAAAUGCAGAGAGCGGUGUGCGAAAACAUUACCUUGCGGUCACAUGUGCCGGAAAACUUGCAAGGAACCCUGUGGGGACUGCCGCGUGAAGGUCGAAAAAAAGAUUCCGGACUGUUCCCAUUCCGUGAAGUUGAACUGCUCAGAAGUGCCUGAAAAGUCUGACUGCCUGAUGAAAUGCGAAAAGAUGUUGCCUUGCGGACACAGGUGUCCAUAUAGUUGCCGCAACGUAUGCACCACGAGAUGCCUUGUUUUGUUGGACGCUGGUAAGGUCGGAAGGUGCGGACAUCGAGUGAAACUGCCCUGUCACAUCAAAAAUAGUGGCAACAUCUUGUCAGAUGAGGAUGAAAUGGAACAUUGUGAUCAUCCCUGUGGGGAAAUUCUGUCAUGCGGACAUGAGUGCGUUGGAACUUGUUCCAAGUGUCUUCAAGGCAGGAUCCAUGUGCCUUGCGGUAAGCCUUGUGGAAGACAACUUGUGUGUGGACACGUUUGCAAAGUCGCUUGUAGUUUGAACUGUCCGCCCUGCAAAGAAAAGUGUGAGAAUUCCUGCCCACAUUCUGCCUGUAGGAAGCGGUGCGGGGAACCGUGUGUUCCAUGUUUGUUGAAUAGUUCAGCUAGUGCUGAGAGGCUCAAGGAAAUCUAUACAUGCACUGUCGCUCCGGUAGAAUUCGUCCUCGAGGAAAUCGUCCUUGGUAGAAUUCGUCCUGGGGACUUGGUAGAAAUGGGCCUUGGGACAAUUCGUCCUCGCGGGGGGAGGCGGGGCUACUGGCGGGGAUACUCGCGGGAGUGA